GCCAAGCCAUUUAAGAAUCCACGUCUGGACUUCCCGCGCUUUGCACUUCUCUUUCGCUCUUGGGCGUCUGGGCCACUUUUAAUCAUUGAUUAGUUCUGUCGUAACACAAAUGAGCCACAUUCUCGUCAAAUGGGCAACGGCUGAGGCGUGGGACGUGUACCCCACAAGAAAGAUCACCGAUGUCGCGACGGCAACAGAAAUUAUGACUGAUCCGACUGUAGUGGAGACGCUUGCGGGACGCACAUUCAUGGUAACUUGGAAGGACAAGGAACCCCCAGCAGAAGCCUAUAUUAUAGCUGCAGGAGAACUAUCAAAAAUGGAGCGGCGUCGAAACAGGUUGGCAGCGCGAGCAUCGACCCAGGCAUCACAGCAGGUCAACUGCUGCAACCACGUUGACCAAGUAAAAGACCUGCAGAAACGGAACGAAGACCUUGAACGGAAGGUUGCGGAGCAGCAAGACAUGAUAGACUUACAAAGAACAGUGAGAACACUGAAGCGUAUCGUGAGGAACAUAAAAAGCCCAGGAGAGAGCACCACACGCGAGCCUACCAUGGUAAACAUAGGCAAAUAGGUGCUUAGGUGCAUGCUAGUGACAUUUUAGAGGACAUGUGCAUCGCUUGAUACCCAGUGGCUAGUCAAAUGAAAAUAUCUGGGAACUUCUUUCUAAAAUUCACCAAACUUACCUAAGCACACUGCCCAGUGCUGGUGUUGGGAUCACUCAUUUCGUGUUGGGAGUGUAAUGUGCCAGCAUAUUUAGUGGAGUGGGGUAGUUUACUUCAAAAUUUGUUAUAAACAAAAUAACAUGAGGAAGGUCAUGGUUGUAUGUUAUACAUAGCUAAGCACUGAACGUGCAGCAAACUUGCUGUCACCAACCCAGCUGAGUUCUUUCAUGGCGUAUUUAAGGUGAUCACGUGUGAUAAUUUUGUCGAUGGCUUGAAGUCACUUUUAGGGCAGUGGCUGCUCAGCAGCUGACAAAACUAAAAAAAAAGAUGAAUAAUGGUGAGCUGAGGAAGCAAGA